UUUCAAUUGCAGGGCGCUGUAUACAUACUCCCUCCUGCAGCCGUUUUCAGCCCCCAUUACGCCCUGCUUUGUCCCGAUCUCAGCCCGCCACCACAAAAUCCCAUCAACACGCACAUAAGCCACGCUCCGACGCCAAACGAACGAUCGAUUAGAAAUUAGUGCACCGCACUAUAAUCUCCCCGCUUUUACGCUUUUACGAUCGAGCAUCAUAACAGAAAAACAAACCAUGUUUCACCAAAGCAGGUCCUUUCUAUUUUCGAUCUAUACAAGCUAACCAACAAUGUCGCUUCCCCGCCGCGUCUCCUUCCCUCCAGACACCCAAGAGGACCCUCCAGUUAGCGACUCUCCGUUGAGCUCACCGAAACUCCCAGAAUAUGACCCCCAAUCAUCCUCCACCACGCCUAUUGUAUCCAGCAACUUGCCUACAGACACAGCCAAUACUGCUUCUGCUGGGCCACGCCGACGCCAACAACCAAGCAGACAAGUCACGCUAGACGCACGUCCACCCUCCGCCGCCAGGCGUGGAACUACAGAAAGCGCUCGGACGCAGCACAGCAGGGCAGGCUCAAGACGGACGUCGAAUAGUUUAGAUCCCAACCCAGGUCUGAUAAGGCGAGUUACGACGGUGCUGUUUACGCCACCGAAGAAGAUUGGUAAGGCACCGACGUAUUGGGGAAGUAUAAAAGCUGCGAUAACAAGCACUUGGUUAAAUAUUUUGCUUGUGUUCAUACCCAUCGGAUGGGCGCUCUAUCUUGCAAAGCAUAGCGGCGGAAAGGACAGCAUCUCUGACACUGCUGUUUUCUGCUGUACCUUUAUCGCCAUUAUCCCUUUGGCCGGUUUGCUUGGGUUUGCCACCGAAGAGGCGGCUUUGCGACUAGGACAAACACUUGGUGGUUUACUCAACGCGACUUUGGGAAAUGCCGUCGAGUUGAUUGUUGCCAUUCUUGCUCUUAUCAAGUGCGAACUGCAAGUCGUGCAAUCAUCACUUGUCGGCUCCAUCCUCAGUAACAUCCUUCUUGUCCUCGGCAUGUGCUUCUUUGCAGGUGGUGUCCGAUUCGCUGAGCAAGCUAUCAAAUCUACCGCCGCCCAGCUCAACGCAUCUUUAUUGCUCAUCGCGGUUAUUGCCGUGCUCAUCCCAUCUGCUUUCCAUUUUUCCAUCAGCUCGAGUACGAGUAACACGGAUGCUAGCGAGCUGGCCAAUGGUGAGGGCGCUGAUCUGUUGUCGAUGAGUCAUGCUGUAUCGAUCUUGCUUUUGAUUCUGUACCUCGGUUAUUUGCUCUUCCAAAUGUGGACUCACGCCACUUAUUAUGUCGAUGACGCCGUAACAGGCUCGACUCAAUACCCGGAAGCGAUCACCAACGUCUCUGAGAAACUCAAGUUCCGCAAUUUCCACCGUAGGAAGCACGAUGAAGAGGAAGGCUACUCAACGGCGACGACGGUAUCGGAAGCUACUGUUCCUCCUAGCGCGCGUCCCGGAGGUGGAGAGGUGCCAGCGACUCAUGGUCCUGGGACCGUUGCUUCUGAGACUGGGAAUCGGGUUGAACAUGAAAGCGAGGAAGAGGAAGAGGAGGAAGAGACGCCGCAAAUGAAUGUCGUCUGCACUAUCGCUUUGAUGGUCAUUGACACCGUUCUUGUCGGUGUGACGGCCGAGUUUUUGGUUGACAGUAUUAAUGGUAUGGUCGAAAGCAAUCCUAGUCUGUCUGCAGAAUGGGUCGGUUUAAUCUUGCUUCCUAUCGUUGGUAAUGCAGCAGAGCACUUUACAGCUGUGUCAGUGUCCGUGAAGGACAAACUCGACUUGUCAAUCUCCGUUGCUGUGGGAUCGUCGAUCCAAAUCGCCUUGUUUGUCAUUCCCGUCAUCGAACUGCUUGCUUGGACUAUUGGCAAGCCCAUGACACUCCUUUUCGACCCUUACGAGUCUAUCGUACUUUUCUUAUCUGUAUUGAUCGUCAACCAAACUUUGGCGGACGGACGAUCAAAUUGGAUGGAAGGUAUGGUCUUGAUGAUGCUGUAUAUCAUCAUCGCUGUAUCGUUCUGGUACUAUCCCGGAUCAACCACCGCGACAUUAUUAGGUUGUCAAGAUUCAUCCAGCGUCACCGGCUAAAAAAAAGAACUUCAUUUUCAUUUCGAUAUUCAGCAUGUGUAGCAUAAAAAGAUCCAUCUUACCCAUCAUGUUCUUUAAUGCCAACUUGUAAUGUACAUAAGACGGAAAUGUUUAUGGAGAUCUUCGGCCCCUUUUUAUCCUACCCUGAGCUUCUUUAUACCACUUUGGCUAAAACCAUAUACCGGAUCUCAUUUAUGACUAUUAUUGACAUCGCAAGUAGCACACACGCCGGUGAGAUAAGUAGAUUG